UAUGUGCGCUUGCUCGGCGUGAUUGACAUUUUUUUCGGGUUGCUUUGUACUUGGAUAUCGAGUGGCUCACUGCUGCAAACUGCCCUGAAAGAAAAGGAGAAAACCAGAUCCUCACAAAAAAAAAUCAAAGCGCACAGACCAAUGUUUUAAAAAGUGCCAAGCAGCAGCAUAGCAGAUGUUAGUCUCGAGCUAGCCAGUGCUAGCUCGCUAGUUGAACAGCGGUCAGUGCAUGGCUACGCGGAGACCAGUGUUGUCUCUCUCCCACGCAGAUCUGGACAUGGGGAGUAAAAUGUCCUUCGGCAGAGGACACGGUGACCAAAACACAGUCUCUGAGUUAUCCUCUGUGACAUCCCAGCUGCAAAACUCCGUACAUGCCACUCCUGACUGCAAGCAGAUACCUGAAGACAAGAUAUGCAGUGAAGAGGACCUGAACACCAGCAGGGAGGAGGAAAUGAAAGCAACAGGACUGACUGAACCUGCCCCCACGUCCCACUCGUCAAGACUCUCAGAUAGCCUGGUUAACUGUGAAACAGAAGACAGAACAGACUGUCAAUACAAAAAGCACACAUCAACAAAGGUAGGGAAAGACGCUAACUCUGAAAUGACCUCUGCGACUGUGUGUAGCUCUACAUCACACAGCUAUGAACAGCCUGUGGAGGUCCGCAAAAAAAGAGGGCGACCUUGUAAAAAAAAAAAUUUGAAUAUUGGUGCAGUUCAAGAUGAGGAGGUCAGCACAACAAAAAGAAGAAGAGGUAGGCCAAAAAAAACUGACGUUAAAAUUGUCACAACACAGGUUCCUAAAGCUGCUGUUAAAAGGGUCAUUAAUACAAGCUUUCCUGCACGGAUACUGAGGAGUAGAGGAGAACAACAGCCUUUGACACAGGAUGGAAAGACUGAGUCUGACAUCAAGGAAGACUCCAAGCAAACUGAAGAGACUCUCAUAGAAAGUAGCGAUACAUUUAACUUUCAAGAUAUUAAAAGACGAGGGGCUGAACUGGCUGACCAGCAAGUUCCAUCCAAAGUAUCCAGACUGGAUGUUUCCCAGGAGGCAUCGGUGGUGUUGGGCAAUGACGCAUGCUGUUUGAAGAAGGAGGAGACAGAUAAGCAGGUGAAAUUAAACUCUGAAAAGCAUGAGACUGAUACAGAUGAAAAUGGAAGACAAGUCUCCCUGAAGUCUGGGAUAGGGCAAGAGCUGCAGACAAAACAAGAGGAAGGUGCAAAGCCACAAAGACAUUUGCAGCCAUCCACCAAGCCAUCAGCGGAGUCCAAAGUUAUUCCCUUAGAGAGUUUCAGCAGUAGAAACUUGGCAAGUCCCUCUCACAGUGAUCAAUUAAAACAGCCUUCAGACAUGAGUGGCAUCCAGAUGUCACAAUCAAACAGCAUGCUUGAAUCUACAGAAAACACAAGCUUGCGGGACACUAAGCCCUCCAGCGCAGAUGUCUUAACGUCCUCUGAACGAUUACCUAAACCUAUCGGGGGCCUCCCUGCAUUGAAAACUGAAAACACAGAGAUAGAGCUGGAUUGUUUGACUCCUGUGCUACAGUCAAAUACCCGACUCAAUCCCUACUCCAACAUUAAAUCUGAGGGUCCAAAUAGUCAGGGAAAGUUCUUAAGACGCAAAAAAGGUGCCAAGAGAAGGAGGAGAAUCAAUAAUGUUUUGUUACCCAAAACAGAGCUCGCAGAGAACCGUGAAGGCAGCGAAGCCAGCGAAGCCCCUCGAGAAAAAGAAGACUCUAGUGAGGUGGACAAGCAAGCUAACUCAAAUGCCAUUCCAAAUGUAAUCAUCACUAAAAGAGGGGGGAAAACUCUUUAUAAAUGUGGUUACUGUGGGCAAAUUUGUAAAUUUAUGUCUCAGUUUGUCAUCCAUCAACGCAUUCAUACAGGAGAGAGACCGUACAAAUGCACAGAAUGUGGCAAAGGUUUUAGCAAAAAUUCUAACUUAAAUCUUCACCUCAAGGUGCACAUGAGGAAUAAAUUAUAUCGAAAGUGUCCAUACUGCCAGAUCAAGUUGUCAUUCGCUGAGUAUGCUACACAUAUAAAUACUCAUGCAAAAAGGCUGCACCUGGAGCCUGACGACGACAAAUCUGAAGAAAGCAUCCGAGAGCCCGACUAUGAGAACAGCCCUGGACUCCAGGUACCAGUCCCCAAAGAAAAGAGAGAACAAAAGACGUGUCAGUACUGUGGCAAAACAUUCCCAUUUCAGUCUGCCCUCCUUAGACAUGUGCGUGUCCACACAGGAGAGAAGCCUUAUAAAUGUGACAUUUGUGGCAAAGCUUUCGGUCAGGCCUAUUUCCUGCGUGUGCACGAGCUGACACACUGGUCUGUGAAGCGUUACAACUGCACACGAUGUGAGAAAUCCUUCACUCAUUACAGUAAUGCAAAAAAUCACACUUGUAUAGAGGAAAGAAGUGACAGACGCGUAAGGCCUUCCCUUACGUACACGUGCCACAUCUGCAAGAAUGUGUCGAAUCAUCUGCAGGCGUUCAACAGCCACAUGAAAGCCCACUCCGGUGCAAAGUUGUAUCGCUGCGUGUAUUGUGACAAGCUGUUUGGUGUGAUGUCGGAGUACAAUGCCCAUCGCAGUUUGUGCAGAGGCGCCUCCAGCUCUGCGAUAAAAGAGGAAGAGAUGGUGACAUCAGUACAGUAUGCAGUGCCUGCAGUCAGGUGUUCCUCUGGACAUCCUUCAGCUUCUACACUCAUAGCUGCAAAUAGUGAAAUACAGAAAAAACGCAAGAAAUACGCUGCUAACUUAAAGAAACCGUUCCAGUCAACUAUCAUACCUGCUCACCAUCACUCACACCUUGUUUCAAAGUUAAACAAACUAGAUAACCGCUCUGACCCCAGGAAGUAUUUAUGUCCAAGCUGUGGGAGACUCUUCAGACACAUGGGCAGACUCCGAGCCCACAUGCUCACUCACGCCCCGGCACAAAGCUACACCUGUGCCUGCUGUGGUAAGACUCUAGAAAACUGGAAGAAACUGUGGCAUCACCAGAGAAUCCAUCGACAUAGGCGCGGCCGCUUCACUUGUCCCUUGUGUGGGCAAGGCUUUCGGUUUGUGGAGACAUACAAGCAACACAUGAGCAAGCACCCGGAGUUCCAGUGGGUUCAGGUCAGACCAAAGAAAGUGUCUCUGCCUUAUCAGUGUGAGCAGUGCAGCUGCAGCUUCAAGACCCUGGAUUUGCUCUUUAGUCACCAGAUUUGCCAUUCCUCAACACAAGACACGCACAAGGUCUCUGACAUUGAUUUAUCCAUGAAUGAUCAUGCGCAGUCGAGCAGGAAAAUGUUUAAACCUCCCUCGACUAACAACAACAUUGUUUUACAUACAGAACACGAGAACAACCACUCUCCUCUGACCACCUGUUCUAAAUAUCUAGACCCAGUUAUUCAAGAGUCACCCAGAGGGGACAUGGUUUCCUCUGUUCAUAUUCAGGGUGUUGAUUCAGGUAAAACUAUUCAAUCAAGAGAAACCUGUCAUGACAGAUCAGAUGAAAAUGCACUCGGAAAACCCAUUACACCCCUGAGAACUGUGAAAAGGUACCAGACCCACAAUCCCAGCAUAUCAAAUGAAGGGUCAUCGGAUGGCUUUAAGUGUGCUGUUUGUGGUAACACAUAUCCUGCCAUUUCAGACCUUUAUCAACAUUAUUUGCAGCAUGCUCGAUGUCAAGUGUAAUGACUGAAAUGUUCAUAAUUUACCAAGCCAAUAUCUAGUCACAUUUUAAAUUAACACAAGGGUCUUGUAUACAUGAGAACAAAGUAUAAACAUUGUUUGUUUCAUACCUGAAAAAAAGUUUGAGACAUUUAAAUGACUUAAAAGAGGAUAUGGUUUGCUCACAAUCAUGUGUUCAAUCCGUCAUGCCUCAGUUUUCAGACUCAAAAUUACACACUGAAUGUAAGGAAAGCCUAAACUCAUCCAUUUCAUUAUUCAACUUCAAACAGAAGCCAUCAGUUGCUCCUUAGUCUUUAUAACUAGGCUUCUUUCAAUUCAAAAGAACAGACAGGCUGAGUACAUUUUAGGUUUGAUUGAUGUGGAUUAACAAAGGGGCUCUUGACUUUAUGUGAUCAAGAUAUGGAAACAUUUUGUAUAUUGAGCACAUUGAUGCCAAGCUAGAGUCAGCCCAGGGACAAUGUUACAUACUUUUCUCCCAAAUAAGAAAUUGAAAAAGAAAUGUAUCUUACUGUAAAUGACUGAUCAUGGACUGAAAUAUACUUCUGCCUGAAAAAAACAGCGAACAAUUCAAGCCCUUGUUUGUCCUCAUUGCUGUUUAGCUCAUGGCAUUUUUAUUAUGAAGUUGGCGGAAACAUACAUUCAACAACUGAUCACGAAGAAGAAAGUCUCGGGAGGUUGAGAUUAAAAUCUGCUCAAUACUGUGAACAAUUGAGUUUGGAUAUCCGGGCAGAGAAAGACAAAUUCUUGUUUUGUCACUAAGUAGUAUCAUCAAUCACUUAAAUAACUGAAUAUUUGAAUUUCAAUCUUUAAAAUAAAACUCUAAAUCAUAAAGACUGUUAUUCAAGAAUUACUUUCUCCUGGUCAACAACAAUGGCAUGUAUCAUGUCAUUGUAUCUGAAAUCAAUCUGAAUCAAUAUCAGCUUUUCUUUCGCACAUUUUGGUAACAAGUUGGCUCUGUUAUCCAAAGGUAACGUGAAUGCUGAAAUCAAGCGAUGCAGAAUGUUCUUGAAGUGCUACAGGAGUGUUGUUGAACAUCAUUUAUUGUUUACAGCGAUUGAAAAACUACAUUUUCAUGCUUGAAGGGUCUGACUUGAUUUGUUGGAGCCGUGAACAUUAUUAAAGAUGUUUUCCUGUUGUAUACAGUUGAUGACAUGAUGUAUGUAUGAUAUGAUGCUUUAGUUUGUCCUCAAUCAAUAAAGGUCAAUUUUGUAUGAAA